CGGCUUCUGAAACACAAUGCGACUCAGCUGCCUGGCUGGAAAAGGCUCAAUUCAAUUCAAUUCAACCCAAGCUGUUCUCUUGCAGCCAUGACAUCGAUGGGUAACAUACCACCGACCGUUGCGACCUCGAAGUCGAAGCCCCUUCCCCUCCGCCUCCGCCUCCGUUUGCCCUUCCUUCCGCCUCCGGAGCAAGUCCAACAACACACACCAGUUCGCAUAGCCGGCAACAGCACUUCUUCGACAUGACAAGAUGGCCAAUCGACGACAGCGGCGUGUCAUAAUCAUCGCCGUCUUCUUGUUGGGGUUCUUUGCCUUCCACACUCUUCGUUCGAGCGGUCCGCCGCCUCACAAACAUGCCGAUAUUCGCCUCGUCAAGAGCAGCUUCGACUGGGCCGCCCACCAGCACAAGUACCCGAUAGCUCCGCUCUCGAUGCACCGACUGCCGACCCAACGUCCGAAACCCCUCCCACGCGUCCAAUUCGACUUUGGCGCGCAGCGCAUGCGCAAGAACGAUGCGACAUCCGAGUCGCGACGGCACGCGGUGCGAGACGUCUUCGUCAAGAGCUGGAACAGCUACAAGGAGCACGCCUGGGGGUUCGACGAGCUCACCCCCGUCACGGCCAAGGGCAAGAAUACCUUUGGCGGCUAUGCGGCUACCCUCGUCGAUGCCCUCGACACGCUGUGGAUUAUGGACUUGCGCGACGACUUCGACGCUGCGCUGGCCGUCGUCGCAUCCAUGGAUUGGGACGACACAGAAGAAACGGCAGUCAAUGUCUUCGAGACAACCAUCCGCCACCUCGGCGGUCUCUUGAGCGCCUACGACCUCAGCGGAGAGCCCGUGCUGCUGCUCAAAGCCAUUGAACUGGGCGACAUGCUGUAUGCCGCCUUCGACACGCCGAACCGGAUGCCGCCUUUUUGGCUCGACUUUGAGGCCGCGAAAAAUGGAAACCUCGUCGCCGGCACGGCCGACCCUUCGGCAUCGCCUUGUUCGCUAGGGCUAGAGUUCACGAGGCUAUCCCAAAUCACCGGGGACCCCAAGUACUUCGACGCCAUUGAGAGGGUCAAGUUAUUCCUGGAAAAGACGCAGCGAGAGAGCCGGUUGCCUGGCAUGUGGCCAGCUCUCAUCAACUUUCGAGACGAGUCCGUCACGCAACACAACGAAUUCACACUCGGCGCUCUGGCCGACUCUUUGUACGAGUACCUGCCCAAGAUGUUUGCCUUGCUUGGAGGAACCGAUCCGGCCUACGAAAAGAUGUAUCGUCACGCCAUGCACGUUGUCGAGCAGUACCUCCUGUUUCGCCCCAUGCUUCCCGAUGGCCAAGACAUCUUGUUUUCCGGGACAGCCUUUGCCGAAGGCAACGUGAGGCGAAAUCCAGAGAGCCAGCACUUGUCAUGCUUCGUUGGUGGCAUGUUCGGGCUGGGUGGCAAGCUGUUCGGGAUCGACGAACACGUGAGCUUGGCCGAGAGGCUGGCUCGUGGCUGCGGCUGGGCCUAUAGUUCGUUCCCCACAGGACUCAUGCCCGAGAUUUUUGGCAUGGUCACUUGCGACACCCUGGACACCUGCGAGUGGGAUGAGGAGCGGUGGAAGCGUGAAGGCGCCUCCGAUCUGAACAAGGGCUUCUCCCAUGCUCGUGACCCGCGAUACAUCCUCCGACCCGAGGCCAUCGAGAGCAUCUUCCUGAUGUACAGAAUGACCGGCAACCCCGAAUACCAGGAGAUAGCCUGGACCAUGUUUCAAUCCAUCGCCAAGGCUACCGAGACGGAGUAUGCGAACUCGGCUAUCGAAGACGUAACAGUUAGGGGCGAGACAAAGAAGCUGGACUCAAUGGAGAGCUUCUGGCUGUCCGAGACGCUGAAAUACUUUUACCUGAUCUUCUCGCCUCCUGGUCUCGUCAACCUCGACGACUAUGUCUUGAAUACGGAGGCGCAUCCACUGAGACGGCAAUCUCCUUGAAGAACAGUACUCUCGGAUUGUGUCUCAAUGGACGUGGGAUAACAGUGUAGAACAGAGCGAACACCGGCGAUUGCUCUGCACGGCUCUCUCCAAUUUCAGAUGCACGGAGAAGUUACCCUACGAAACACUCCCAUACAGCACGUGGGCUAGACUAAAUGACUUCGUCAACCUAUUUAAGGGCAGCACUAGUAUUGAGCACCUGGCGACAUGUUGGCCGUGAAGGCCCGAAGCCCGUUUGGGUGCCACAGACAGCAUGCACGCCGAGGGUAUCAUCUAGAGAAAGCCCUUAUCCAGUCUCAUAGUUUCAACGCAAAUUGGGAAGAGGGGAAGGGAGGUUGCACGUUUCUCAUGCCAUAACCGUCUAUGUGAUCCUAUAUGCAGAUGUUUGCAACCCUGGCGAUGCCGGUCCUGCCAGCCCAUCUCCCUC